CCCACAGAGAUUAAACAAACGAGAAGGAAAUGAAUAAAUAUUUUGUUCAGUAUAUUUGUAGUGACGUAGGUUUUUUUAUAAAUAGUUAUGAGACUAUGGGUGUGAGAAAACAAUGACUUUGCUUAUUUUGGAAUCAUUUUUAAACUACAAUAUAAAGAUUAAACGUUUAAAAUGACAAAACGUGUACAAAUCUAAUUCCUCACCUACAUUAGACAUCGAAUUCCGUUCCGUUCCAUUCCAUUCCUGUCCGCGUUUUACUAACACCCUCUGAUGUCUACCACCACGUCCGCCUACGUGACGGUGACGUACGUCUGUUGCCUUGUCAAUCGUUCGAUGACAAUCGAAACGUUACAGAUUUCUGUAUGCAAUUGCAAUGAAAAGACUUAACAAAGUGUUACGGUUUAAUAAAGAGAAGAAAAAAAAAGGUCAUUCAAGUGACAAUGCGAGCCAAAAUAACAGGCCUGUGCGACCAACAGCUCCUGAACCUGCACAAGGCGAUGGUCAAGAAAUUGCUUCUGAUUCCAAAAUCCAAGAAGCAGACAAGGAUUUCAAGCUCCAAGAAACAGCCACUGUUUCGAAAAUCCAGGAUACAGCCACUGAUUCCAAAAUCCAAGAAUUAACAUCUGAUUCCAGACUCCAAGAUACAGCUAGUGAUUCGGAGGUGAAAGAACCAGCUUUCAAUGCCAAGGUCCAAGAAACAGCCAUCCAUUCCAAGGUCCAGGAAGCGGCUUCGGAUUGUAUCAUUCAAGAAAUGGCUUCACAUUCCAAAAUCCAAGAAGCAGACACCAAUUCAAAGGUCCAGGAAACAGAUACCGAUUGCAAGGUUGAAGAAACGACUUCUGAUUUCAAAGUCCAGGAAACUGCCAUUGAUUCAAAGAUCCAAGAAAUGGCUUCUGAUUCCAGGGACCAAGAUAUAACUACUGGUUCCAAGGUCCAGGAAACCGCUCCUGAUUUCACAGACCAAAAACCAGCUAUCGAUUCCAAGACCCAGGAAACAGUUACUGAUAGCAAGGUCCAAGAAAUGGCUUCUGAUUCCAAAAUCCAAGAAUCAGACACCGAUUCGAAGGUCCAUGAAACAGCUACUGGUUGCAAAGUCCAAGAAAUGGAUUCUGAUUCCAAGGUCGAAGAACCAGCAACCGAUGCCACGGUCCCAGAAACAGCCACUGAUUCCAAGAUCCAUGAAACAGUUAUGGAUUGUAAGGUUCAAGAAAUUGGUUCUGAUUUUAAAAUCCAAGAACCAGACACCGAUUUCAAGGUCAUGGACACAAAUACUGAUCGCAAGGUCCAAGAAAUGGCUUCUGAUUCCAAUGUUGAAGAACCAGCUACCAAUGCCACGGUCCAAGAGACAGCCACCGAUGCCGAAGUCCAAGAAACCGCCACCGAUUGUAAGAUCCAGGAGAUAGCUACUGACUGUAAGGUUCACGAAAUGGCUUCUGAUUCCAUGGUCGAAGAACCAGCUACCGAUGCCAAGAUCGAAGAAACAGCCACCGAUUCCAAGAUCCAGGAAACAGCUACUGAUGGUACAGCUCAAGAAAUGACUUCUGCUUCCAAACUCCAAGAAGCAAACACCGAUUCCAAGGUCCAAGAAACAGCAUCUGAUUCCAGGUUCCAUGAUAUAUCUACUGAUUCAGAAGUCAAAGAACCAGUUACCAAUGACACGGUCCAAGAAACAGCCACUGAUUCCGAGGUCCAGGAAAGGGCUUCUGAUAGUAAGUUUCAUGAAAUUGCUUCUAAUUCCAAGAUCCAAGAAGCAGACACCCAUUUCAAGGUCCAGGAAACAGCUACUGAUUUCAAGGUCAAAGAACCAGCUACCGAUGCCAAGGUUCAAGAAACAGCCACCGAUUCAAAGAUCCAGGAAACAGCUACUGAUUGUAAGGUUCAAGAAAUGGAUUCUGAUUUCAAAGUCACCGCCAUCGAUUCAAAGAUCCAAGAAAUGGCUCCUGAUUCCAGGGUCCAAGAUAUAACUACUGGUUCCAAGAUCCAGGAAACCGCUCCUGAUUUCACAGACCAAGAAAAAGCUAUCGAUUCUAAGAUCCAAGAAACAGCUACUAACUCCAACAUCCAAGAAACGGUUUUUCGUUGCAAGAUCCAACACACAGCUACUGAUUUCAAGGGAAAAAAAAUGGCUUCUGGUUCCAAGAUCCAGGGUAUGGUUACUAAUUAUAAGAUUAAAAAAAUGGCUUCUGAUUCCAAGAUCCAAGAAACAGCUAGUGAUUCCAAGGCCCAAGAAACAGUGACUGAUUCCAAGGUGCAGGAAACCGCUGCUGAUUGUGUGGUUAAGGAAAUGGCUUCUGAUUCCAAAAUCCAAGAAGCAGACACCAAUUACAAGGUCCAAGACAUGACUUCUGAUUCCAAAGUCCAGAUAACAGCCACCAAUAUAACUACUGAUUCAAAGGACAAAAAAACAGCUAUUGAUUCCAAGAUCCAAGAAACAGCUCCUGGUUCCAUGGCGCAAGAAACAGAUACUGAUUCAAAGGUCCACGAAACAGCUACUGAUCCAAAGGUUCAAGAAAGAGCCAUUGAUUCCAACAUCCAAGAAACGGCUUCUGAUUCCAAGAUCCAAGAAACAGACACUGAAUCCAAUGUAAAGGAAGCAGCUACUGAUCGCAAGAUCCAAGAAAUGACUUCUGAUUCCAAGGUUCAGAAAACAACUACUAAUUGGAAGGUCCAUAAAAUGGUUUCUGAUUCCAAAAUCCAAGAAGAAGAUACCGAUACCAACGUCCAAGAAUCGGCUACUUAUAGCAAAGUCCAGGAAACAGCUACUGAUUCCCAGAUCCCAGAAAUAGCAGCUGAUUCCAAGGUCCAAGAUAUUUUACAGAAUGUCUGGAGCUUGGAUGAAUUUAACGCUGUCUUGUUCCAAGAAGAGUACGAUAAAGUCUUCAAACAAAAAAAAUCCUGGUUGACAGACUACAUUCAAAAUCAAGCUGCUAAAGAGAAGUUGUGCAUAUCAGUUCAGCAUUCUGCUCCCGCCAGUGCCUGCAAGCAGUUGAAAAAUCCAUUGAUGGAAGCUUUAAGAAUCGAACAGCCAUUUACAGCAAGACAAAGUCAAAGAAGAAGUGACAUGGAUAUUUUUGCAAAACGAUCUUGGUAUAAUCAGAGACUAGUGGAAGAAGGCGAGUAGCAGCCUUAGAGAUAACACAACGAAGACGACAUCUAUGUGCCAGCUACUCAGAGAUCUUCAGACUAAAAACAAAGACAUUUUCUAAUCUCUUACCUGUAUGCUGGCUGUUUACACUGGUCAGCUUUACAGAUGUACAGUGUAUUAAUAUUUGUAUAUAUAUUUUGUUUCACUUGAAGUAUAUUUAUUUAUAUAUUGAAAACAUAUAAAUUUAUUUAUUUCAGUGUACUGAGGCGUGUAGUUCAAAAAUAAUAAAACUAUUAUUAUA